AAAAGGCGCAGUUGUCGUGUCGUUCGGAGAUGCACCUGGUCGAGGUUUUUUGUGAUAUUCCUGUGAUAAACGCAGCGGCCGGGAGAUGGCGCAGCGUCCAACCACUCAGGCUCGCCAGGGCACCGCCGCUGCCCGAGUCGCGACUGCCGGCCAGCGGCUGGCCACUGGUGCCCAGCGAGCAGGAGGAGGCGGAUUCGGCGGAGGGGCGGACCCGGACCGGCCAAUGACGCGCGGAGGCCUGGGCCUCAAAACGGGCGCCACGGGCGGCCGCAACCGCGCCGUCAUGGACAAAUCCUACUUCCUGGGCGUGCUGCGCACCAAGAUCGCCGAAAUGAGCUCCGAGAUCCGCCGCAUGUCCGCCGAGUCGGAUAAGAUGGGCAAAGACCAGGACGCCUUCGUCAUCUAUGACACGCGCGCCAAAGAGAAGGCCAACGAGCUGAGCGGGAUUCAGGCAGAGCUGGCCGACUAUAACACGCUGGUGGAGAUAAUGAACAUGGAUUCGGAAAAACGGGCCGUCGACGAGCAGAUGGCAGCCAUGAAGGAGAAGAACGAGCACGACCGGAAGAAGGUGGACGGCCUCUACCUCACCCGCAAGCAGAAGGAGGCGGAUAUCGCCGAAACGGAGAAAGGCAUAGCUGAGGCACAAGCGACCAUCGACAAAGUCUUCAACGCCAUGUCUCAAGCGAUGAAAGGAAAGUUUGAAGCACUCAAAAAGAAAACGGCAGAUGCUGAGAGUGUUAUACAGGAAGUCGCCAAACAAAUGGACGAAGAAGAGAUCAAAAUAAAGAAGAACAUGGAAGUUAUCAACGCGUCAUCAAUGAAAAAAGAAGCUUACCAGCUAUACAACAAACUGGAGGAGCUGGAAUCAAAGAAGGAGGAACUGCAGGAACAAGUCAACAGGCAGGAAACUCCGGACCAGGAGAGGGAGAGACUCCUGGCGGAGGUUAAAGAGAACACUGAAGCCAUUGACACCAUGGAGCGCAAAGUUGCGGCCAUUUGCGAGGAGAUCUCCGACGCCAAUGACCAGCUGGACGACGCAGAAGACGAGGACGAGGACCCGCUCAAGGCGGAGCAGCGGCGUGACUCUGUGGACACGGAAAAGCUAAUCAGUCAAAUCGGAGAGGCUAAGUCUGACGAAGAACGCAAGGUUCUGGAGACGGAGGUGGAAAUCGUGAAGCUCCUGCAGAAUAUCAGUAAUGGACUGAAAACAGACAGUGAUAACGCUGCAGACCAGGGACUUGCUGACAACGAAGAUUGGCAACGUCUCAAUGACGUGGAGCACCAAGUCUACUCUGAAAUGGAAUCUUUAAAAAGCAGCAUUAAAAGAAUGAAGGAUGACGCCGCCAAGUUCGCGGAUUUAGAUGGCUUUAAGAAAGAAUGCCAGGCUCGACAGGCCGAUCUUCAUAAGGAGCACGUGGACAUGGCUGACAAGUGCAAAAAGGCCAGAGCCGAAUACGAGACAGCUGAGAACCAAAACAAAAAGAUGCAGUCGGCGUUGAAUCACGACGAGACGUACUCUAAGCUGGCGUCGCUAGAACGCAAGCUGGCGACGCUGCAGGGCAACAACUUCCAGAUGAGUGAAACGGCCGCCGACCGGCGCGCGCUCGGCGAGUACGAGCCCAUCCGCGACCAGUCGCUAAAGAUCGUCACCGAGCUCAAUAAGAAGCUCAUUGACAUGAUCAAGAACAACAAGAUCCCCGCAUGAGCUGGGGGUCGUGCGGCCUGGUGCUGUCGGAGACCGCCUUUUACGCUGCGUGGCCAAGAUGAUGAGAUGCUAAUCUUAUGACGUGUCUCGCUUCAACUAGUCCGUACCAAAGCGUGUGACGUGAAGCAACUGCGUUCCUGUUAUGCAGGAAAACACGCUGUACUGAAUGAUGCUGAAAAUGUUUUACUGAAUCGUCCCAUGUCCGUGUUGUCGCACAACAAAAUCGCAAAGGCCGCUUGGGUGAUGGAGCUGCGCUGCGUGAGCGUGCGGCACAUUGCGGAUUAUUCAGAGAACUCUGUUGACUCCUAGCGAAAUUAGCGGACAUACAAUGUUUUUGGAAGGUGGAAUGUACACAACGUGCAGAACACGAACGUAACUGCUAUCACGCGUCCACGCUGUAUAGUCUUACAAGGUCUGUCGAUCUGUUUGUUGUCUCGAAAGCCCCAGCUGACAGCUAUUUGCUCGUGUUUCUGCAACACACAGUUGCUGUCAAGCUACAAGUCUUUCGGUUCACAGUCUCAGGUCCUCAGGUUGAGAGACGACAGGCCCUUUGACAACAAAGCUCCUGUGGACAGCUUGUCAGCCAACAGUUUUCCGCCUGCGGGGCGAAGAAUUGCUGGCCGGAGGCUUCCCGGCCGACAGAUCGCAGCUGAUAUCGUCUACUAAGCUCACGUGCAUUUCAUCGCGCUAUCGCUGAUCACAGGGCGUCUGGUCUCGGUUGCUGUAGUGAUUUGUCGCUCUUGAAUGCCUAAAAAAACGUAAGUAUGAAAGCUGACCUUCCCCAUGGACCCUAAGCGGCACAAUUUUAAGUAUGAUCUUUCCGAAGCUAGGCUAACAAAGAUUAUUUUUCGAAGUUAGUCGCGCAGUUAUUACAUUACACACCACUAGAGACACCACUCUAGACACACAGGACACCACUAAAACAAUGCAUGAAAUUUAGUCAGCGAAUCAAAUGGCGGUAAACAUUGCACAUCACCGGGCCUAUUCACCCACACCAUUAAUACGUGCACUAUCUCUUUCAUUCCCUCUCACAGAAUUUCGACGCCUCACGGAGACAUAUCAGAGUCAAAGAAACUGUUUUGACAUUCGGAGUCGGUCUUUUAUAUCGAGUUCCCAGUGACUGUCGUGUUCUCUCGUUUGUGCCGUAUUCUUGCAUGUGCGUAGUGUUGGGAUGUGAAGCGUGUUCAGGUGAACAAUUUCGGUCGGGUGUGACUGUGUUCACCUGAGGGAGUUUUUUUCAUCGCGCAGGUCCUUGUUGAAACGCUCCCGGCUCAUUAUGUCUGCUUCGCCGAUGUAUGUAGAUGUUUGAUUUUGUGGCCAGGGCAGUUAUCAUGUCAUCUUGCAGGGUAAAAUCAUAUCCUUUCCAUUUCACCGUUACAUACAUCGGCGAAAAAAAAUGAUCAGGGAGCGGCGUAAUGAGGACCUAUGUGACGUAAAAAUAGCCGAGAACACUCCUCUUAGCAAACACUUAAAAAACUUCCACUAGACUGACAUUACUCACCCGAGCACGCUCCAUAUCACAAUACCGCGCACAUGCAAGGAUCCGGCCAGACCUUUGUUUGAUUCAAGAUGAACUGAUUAAUUAGUCAUGAGUCACAUUUUUGAUGAGCCUCAACUGAUUUGGAGUUCUUGUAUAAAUAUCAAAUGCAAGUUAUGAAUUGCAUCGUUGGCUCUCCUUCAAAGAGCUGAUCCGAGUCGAACAGAUUCAACGUGGGUGCCCAACGAAUUGUUCGAAGACUACUUUAAAAAAUAUAGCACACAAUAAGCAUAAGUUAGGUGGAUUAAAGCCACUCUUCUCUGGCUGUGAAUAUAUGUUUGUCAAUUGAAACAUAAUCAACAGGCAAACAUCGAAUGUGUGAAAAUUCAUGCGGAAUGGAUGUACCCUCCGAGAUGAAUUCGUAACGGACGAAACCAUGGUUUGAAUCCGUUCCGAAUCAUUCAACAAACAUCACGAGUCAAUCGCGAAUCGAUCCUAGAAAUAUCGCAAUCCUAGUUGUUGCGAAACAUAAAUGAAAAUAAUACACAUAAUUAAAUAAAAUCAACUUCAAACUUAAUAAAUAUUUAAAUAAACACAGUCCUGAAGAUGAUAAAAUUCAAAGUCACGUGACUGGAAAUUUGAAGCAAGAAUCCUGAACAUCAUCACAUCCUGGUGACUCAUUUGGAAACAUUCGUACACCACUGCAUAAUAUGCCCACAACGCUACGCCACGACUAGGCUUCCCUGCUUCUCUUUGGAUGGAUUAUGUCUGGCACGCAUCAUUGUUGGUGCGGUCGUUUUGUCAACAGUGGGCUUCCAUGUUUCAAAGUUAUGUGAGCGGAUGCAAAUUAUAGUGAACAAAUUGAUUAUGUUGCUGAAAUUAUGGUCGUUUGAUCUGCGACUUUGUAGUACUCCGGCGCGCUACAAGAACCUUGUUCGACAACAAUAUUAAGUGCGUUAUGCGUAUUUGAAAGUCGGUGAAAUCAGAAGCUUAUGAGUGCCAUGACCGCGCGACCAAUUCUUCAAAAAACUGCGGGGCGGCCACCCUCUGCUUUUUAGUCCUGAAAUAGCUGCAGAGUAAAAUAUAUUGAGAUCUUUUUUACCUUUUUCCGUUCAUACGAGCAAAAGCUAUGUACUUCCUUUACAUCUUAAGGCGUUUCAGUCCACGUUUAAAAUACAUGCGUUGAAAAAGUAACAGUUACACGCAAUUCGCAGCUCUACCUCUCCCAAUACAAAACGAGCAUGUGCUCACCUGACAAAAGCUAUCAAUGACGUCAUGCGACGCCCUGCUCCAUUUCACCCAAUAUCCAUGCCUUGGUGUUACCGGCAUGAAUACAAACGUGGCGAUACGCGC